AUGCGGUUCCCCUCCGCCAAGGGAAACAGCGAUUGCAAGCAUUCUAUUGACUUCAUUCUACUCAAGAAACAUAAAGCAAUGCCGCUGAAAGUCCUUUCCAGUUGGCUCUGGACUCUCACGCAAGUUGACACAACCCUUGCUCGAAACGGAGGUCUAGAGACCAAGUUUAGGAGACAUGCCCUCGCAAAGACCCAUUGA